GUGCGGUGCAGCACGUGGAUGGAUGCGCCUUCGAGCUGCGACGGCUUCCUUUAGCUCCACCACCACCACCACCACCUCCUUCCCCCUCCUUCUCCUUCCUCCUUCCUCCUUUCUCCUUCUCGCCGUUCCUCUCUCUCUCUCUCUCCUCACACGCGCGCUGCGCUUGUCGCCAGCAGCAGCGCUUGACACUCCGGCCCGCCGCUGCCAUUGCGCGCGCGCGCGGCCGCGUGCGCUCGCGUCGCGUAGAGUGGGGCCAACGCUCGAGCCCAGCAGCCAGCCUCAAGUUGGCGCCGCGCCGCGUUGGCCUAGUAACUGCUGGCAGCCAUGCAGUCCCACGCCGGCGCCGCAACGUCGCGCGCGCCGCCGCCGGCCCUGGCGCACAGCAGUUCCUUCUCGAGCCAGCAGAGCGCGCAGAGCAGCGCCGCCAGCUCCACGCUCAGCAGUCUGUCGGGCGGCAGUGCAGGCGACAGUGCGGGCGGCAGUGAGACGCACCGCACGUCCUACUCGCACUACGGCCAUCCUCCCGAUGCGUCAGGGGCGCCGCGCCUGGCCGUCUCGUCCGCGCUGGGCGACUGGCGCGGCGUAGCGCCGGGAGAGCAAGGGGCGGGGGAGCUGCAGCACUCAGAGUCGCACGGCUCCUUCUACGAGCACACCGACACAUCGCACACAUCGCUCCUCACGCUCUCCGCUCGCCUUCCUCCGCCGCCUCCACGGCCGCCAUCCGAGUCGUCAGGCAGCACGUCGCGGCGCUCUAGUCGCGCCUCACUAGGUGCUCUGCCGCGCGUAGGCACACCAGGCGCCGACGAAGAGCCCACACCGCCUCUUCCCGAGCCACCCCUUUCGCUCGCCGCCGAGCUGGCGCGCACCGCCGUUGGCAGCAGCUCUCGUUCGCCCUCCCUCCAGCACGACGGCGCCGCCUUUGGCGCUCCGCCCGAGUCUCCGUCGCUCGCUUCCUCUGCACGCCCUGCCGCACGGCGUCGCACAUCUGCACAGAGCGGCAAGCGCAAGAGCGUGCGCAACUCCACGAGCGAUGGACCGAGCAUCAUGAUCCGUGCCCGCUCGCCUGCUGCGGACCUGCGGAGCGCAUCGGACGCAGCAGCGACACCGAUGGCUCCCCUGCCCCGAGCAGUGGCGCAGGCGAUGCGCGCGAGCCACAGCAGCAGCUCGCUUGGAAGCGCCAGUGGCUUGCGCCGCGCCUCCAAUGCCGCGGCACACCAGCCAGGCAUCGAGAAUUCGUCGCUCGUUCUCAUGCGCGACGGAAGCGUGAUGGGAGCGUCGGCGUGGCAUCAGUUUAUGGACGACGCAGCGGAGACGCUGUAUCUGAUCCCAGUGCUGCGUGUGGCGAGAGAAACGGCGGCUACGUUGAAGGCGCUUUCGAGAGAGGUGUAUGUGCCAAUGGCUGUUGCCGGUCUGGUGAGUCUGCCUUGGCAUCGCCUGAUGCGCGCCACUUGUGCUGAGACGGCGUGAAAGGACAUGCUGGCGCCACUGUGGCCGAGGUCCGGCAGCUCAACAGCAGCGAGAUCAAGCACGGAGGCGGCGCCAGUCGAUCCAGCUGUUCAGGGACAGCUGCGUGCCGAACACUGGAAGCACACGCUUGCCACCUCCUCGCUUCUCUCGCCUACACUCUCCAUCUCGUCAUACGCAGCCACGAGCG